AUGGCUCGCAAGUUCUUCGUCGGCGGCAACUUUAAGAUGAACGGCUCCGUGUCGUCCAUCAAGGAGAUUGUCCACAACCUGAACAAGGCCAACCUCGACCCCUCCGUCGAGGUCGUCGUCUCCCCCAGCGCCAUCCACCUGGUGCUCGUCCGCGACUCGCUGCGCCCCGAGAUCGGCGUCGCCGCGCAAAACGUCUACGACAAGCCCAACGGCGCCUUCACUGGCGAGCUGUCCGUCUCGCAGCUGCUCGACAGCAAGGUCGAGUGGGCCAUCCUCGGCCACUCGGAGCGCCGCACCAUCCUGAAGGAGGCCGACGAGCUCGUCGCCUCCAAGACCAAGUACGCCACCGAGAACGGCGUGAGCGUCAUCUGGUGCUGCGGCGAGUCGCUCGAGGAGCGCGAGGCCGGCAAGACCAUCGCCGUCGUCAGCAAGCAGCUCGCGGCCCUCAAGGCCAAGGUCGCCGACUGGUCCAAGAUCGUCAUCGCCUACGAGCCCAUCUGGGCCAUCGGCACCGGCAAGGUCGCCACCACCGAGCAGGCCCAGGAGGUACACAAGGCCAUCCGCGAGUGGCUCAAGGCCAACGUCAGCGACAAGGUCGCCGACGAGACCCGCAUCCUGUACGGCGGUAGCGUCAACGAGAAGAACUGCGCCGAGCUCGGCAAGCAGGCUGACAUUGACGGCUUCCUCGUCGGCGGUGCUUCUCUCAAGCCCGCCUUCGUCGACAUCAUCAACUCCAGCAAGUUGUAA